AUGCUGAGGAACGGCGCUCGGAAGCUCACUGGCCUCCGCGGCCUGGCUGGCCGCCUGGCCGGCCUGGAGGCCUCCGCGGUGGCGACGCAGAGGCUCGGAGCUGUUUCCGACGUGGAGGUCCGGAAGGGUAUCCACACGUCUUCGGCAUCGUGGGCCAAGGGCGACAAGCCUUCCAUCUCGGAGUCCGCGAAGAUCAUCGGGGAGAAGCUCGCGGGCACCACGCAGGCGCAGCUGUCGGAGGUCGGGCGCGUGCUGACCAUUGGUGACGGUAUCGCCCGUGUGUACGGUCUCUCGAAGUGCCGCGCCGGCGAGCUGGUGGAGUUCGCUUCCGGCGUCCAGGGCAUGGCGCUCAACCUUGAGGAGGACAACGUCGGCGUCGUGGUGUUCGGCAGCGACCGCGAGAUCCGCGAGGGCGACAUCGUGAAGCGCACGCAGCGUAUCGUCGACGUGCCCGUCGGAGAGGGCCUCCUCGGCCGCGUCGUGGACGGUCUCGGCAACCCCAUUGACGGCGCGGGUCCCAUCGAGAACUGCACGCCCCGCCGUGUGGAGCUCAAGGCGCCGGGCAUCAUCGCGCGGCAGUCGGUGCACGAGCCGCUCAUGACGGGCCUGAAGUGCGUGGACUCGCUUGUGCCGAUCGGGCGCGGGCAGCGCGAGCUCAUCAUCGGCGACCGGCAGACGGGCAAGACCGCGGUGGCGAUCGACGCGAUUCUGAACCAGAAGGACACGGACGUGUACUGCAUCUACGUCGCGGUCGGGCAGAAGCGCUCGACGGUCGCGCAGCUGUGCCGCACGCUGAAGGAGAACGGCGCGGACAAGUACACGGUGGUGGUGGCGGCGACGGCGUCGGACCCCGCGCCGCUGCAGUUCCUCGCGCCGUACUCCGGCACGGCGAUGGGCGAGUACUUCCGCGACAACGGCAAGCACGCGGUGAUCAUCUUCGACGACCUGUCCAAGCAGGCCGUGGCUUACCGCCAGAUGUCGCUCCUCCUGCGGCGCCCGCCCGGCCGCGAGGCGUACCCGGGCGACGUGUUCUACCUGCACUCGCGCCUCCUCGAGCGCGCCGCGAAGAUGUCCAAGGAGACGGGCGCGGGCUCCCUCACGGCGCUCCCCGUCAUCGAGACGCAGGGCGGCGACGUGUCGGCCUACAUCCCCACCAACGUCAUCUCCAUCACGGACGGGCAGAUCUUCCUCGAGAACGAGCUCUUCUACAAGGGCAUCCGCCCCGCGAUCAACGUCGGCCUCUCCGUGUCGCGCGUCGGCUCCGCCGCGCAGGUCAAGGCCAUGAAGCAGGUCGCGGGCACCAUGAAGCUCGAACUCGCGCAGUACCGCGAGGUCGCGGCGUUCGCGCAGUUCGGGUCGGACCUCGACGAGGCCACGCAGAAGCUCCUCAACCGCGGCGCGCGCCUCACGGAGGUCCUCAAGCAGGACCAGUACUCCCCCAUCCCGAUGGAGCGCCAGGUGUGCGUGCUGUUCGCGGCGACCAAGGGCUUCCUGGACGACCUCCCGAUGGACAAGGUGCUGCCGUACGAGAAGGCGAUCCUCGCGGACUCGGGCCUCAACAGCGUCUGCGAGACGAUCAAGAAGGAGAAGGUGCUGUCGGAGGCGACGGACCAGGCGAUCCGGACGCGCCUCGGCGAGAUCAAGUCGGCGAUGCUGGCGUAG